AUGAUUUCAAAAUUAGGUGAGUUGUUAAAACCCAAAAAUUCAAGUAGUUCAUUAUUGGAAACAUUAAAACUUCAACUUGACUUAUUUUAUAAAACAGUAGAAAAUAAAAAUGAAAAUGGAUAUGUUUGUAUUAAUUGUACACAGGUAGUAUUUCUCAAUACAAUUUGUGCCCCACAAACAAUAGACCCAACUCUUUCAAUGAUGUUAUCUCAAAUAUCUAAAUUAUCAAUUGGAGAUGAUGACAAACCAAAAGAAAUAGAAGACACUAUUUUAGAACUAUCAUUUCUUGAAAAGACAAAUGUCUCUUCACUUGAAAUAACAAUAAAACAACCUUGGCAUCUUCCAAAUACUCUUCAAUGUCGUUUAAAAGAACUUAAAGUUUGGAAUAUGACUAAAACCCAAUCAGAUAAUUUUUUCAAUAUACUCAAAAAACGAGAAGAAGUAUGGGAAAAAUUAGAAGUUCUAAAAUUAUCAAAUUGUGAAAUUACAAAAAUCCCAGAAGAUGUUUUUAGUGCAUUAACAGUUCCACAUCUCAAAGUACUUGAUUUGUCAAACAACCAAAUUGCAGUAUUAGAGAAUAUUAGAGAAAGACCAAUGGAUUUGAUUGAUGUAAGUACAAAUGUAAUAGAGUUCAUUGAUAUUCAAUUUGUUGGUUCAAUCUCACAAUUAGUUAUUGAUAAUAAUUUACUAACCUCAUUAGAUGGAUGUCGUCCAUUUUUUAAUCUUCAAAGAUUAAGUGUAAGAAAUAAUUUGAUUGAAUCUUUUCAAAAUAUGAAACGUGCAUUUAGUAAACUUUUCUCGUUGACAGACAUUCAUUUAGAAGGAAAUCCUGUUGUAGAGGAUGAACAUUUUAUUGAUAAAAUUGCAGAGUUACUUCCUGCAAGUCAAUUUGGAAUAGAUAGUUAUAUCAAUGGUAAUAAAGUAGAUUUAAACCCACAUAAAUAUGUUAAUACUUCUAAUACAACAAAACCAAGUGAUCAAAGUGUUCACGUUGAACGUAAAAAUAUAGGUCUUUCAUUAUUAGAUGAUGAUGCAUUAUUAGAAGUUAUUAAAGAAAAAGUUGAAUUAUUUAGAAAAGGUAGUUGGGAUUAUACAGAAAAAGAGUAUAAAUCAAGUCGUAACUUCUUGAGAGAAAUAGGUGAAAAAAUUAAUCAAGCAUUAAUUGAAACAGAAUAUUCAUUAGUUCCUGACGCAGAAAUAUUUCCUUAUUCUACUGUCAAAAAAGAAUUAUGUAGUUCAUUACUUCAAACAGCAUACUGUAGAAAAGAAAAGAGGUGUUUUGUACAAGUAAACGGAGUAAAUGAAAGUCAAAUGGAAAUGGUUAUAAAAAUCCCUAUUGCUUCAUCAAAUGCAAUUCAAAAAUCACUUCAACAUGUUGUUCAACUAGCAAUUGAUAUAGAAAAUGAAGAAACAAAUAUACAAUUAAAUAAUAAUUUAUUUGGUGUAGAAAUAAAUGUAGCAGAAUUAGUUGAGAGUGUUGAGAAAGAACGUAAAGAGUUAAAAGAUUUAGAGACAAGUAAAAUUAAAGAAGAAUUAGGAUGGGAAUCUCAGCAAGAAACAACUCAAAAUAGUUAUCCAAAUGAAAGUGCUGAACAAACAAUGGUUGAAUAA